AUGCGAAGCAUUUCUAUAACAAGUAUAGUGAAUCUCCAGUGCAGUAAUGAGUUCUACAAACCCAUCCAGAACUGUGUAGGAACAUUCAUUUUACCUAACGUCGUCCUGACUACAUCAUAUUGUGCGGAAAAUUGUCAAUAUAUUGAUAACUCACCUAUAGUUCGAACUUAUAUUCAUCCACAUUAUAAAAAUUAUGUUCGUGGGAAUAAUUUCCUUACACGAAAUGAUAUUGGUCUAGUUGUCAUACCAAAAGAUGGGAAAAAAAGGAAACUUGUCAAAUUAAGUGCUCUAGACAGUCUAUCCACGAUAGGACAAAAAGCGCUCAUUCCUAUAUUGAAUUCAAACAAGCCGAGAUUACAAGUAACCAUCGUGCAACGAUGUUAUAAAGAACAACCAUUUGGAUAUUAUGUUUGUGCUUCCAACAAAAUAACAAAAAGAUCAAUACAAAUUUGUCGUCAACGACAAGAACAAGGCCUGCCGUUACUAUUAGAAGGCAAAAUAUAUGGCAUUACGGGGAUCACCAGCUCGGACAGUUGUGCUCUUUCUCAGCUGAGUUUUACUGCAAUAAGUCCUGCGCUAUAUUGGAUCAGUGAAACUGUCAAAACUUUAGGCUAUAAUGAUUCAGUAAUAACCACGCUCCACGAUAGGACGACGCCUAAAUGGCACAUUACUCAUUCUACGCGUCUUCACCCUUCUCCUGUCUAUCCAACUGGAACUCCUCCUGGAAGUUUAUAUCCUACUUCCGAUUACAAAUCAGAUGAAUAUCUAUCUACAUACUAUCCUCCUACAACCACAUAUCCUCCUUAUCCUGUAACUACUCACACCCGCUCAAGGCGUCCUUACAGUUCACCUGUUUAUCCUACUGGAACUUCUCCAACCACAAUGUAUGAGGCCCUUUAUGAAACAUUUUCUACUGAUGCUAUUUCUACAGCUUGGAUAAAAACUGCAGUUCAUAGGUACCCCUAUUCAUCUCCUGUCUAUCCAACUGGAACUCCUCUUCGAAGUUUAUAUCCUACUUCCGAUUACAAAUCAGAUGAAUAUCUAUCUACAUACUAUCCUCCUACAACUGCAUAUUCUCCUUAUCCUGUAACUACCUACACCCGCUCAAGGCGUCCUUACAGUUCACCUGUUUAUCCUACUGGAACUUCUCCAACCACAAUCUAUGAGCCCCUUUAUGAAACAUUUUCUACUGAUGCUAUUUCUACAGCUUGGAUAAAAACUACAGUUCAUAGGUACCGUUAUUCAUCUCCAGUUUACCCGACUGGGACUCCUCCUGAGUUUAAAUAUUCUUAUGGUACCAAAGAUAUAACACCAAGUUCGACAUCGACUACCUGUACUGAUUUUGCUAAUCGUUCUUCAACGCAACCUUAUCCUUCUCCAGUUUAUCCUACUGGGACACCUCCAAAACCUAUUUACUCCUACGAUACUGAAGAAACAACUACAAGUUCGAUUACGACUACCUGUACUGAUUUUACUAGUCCUUCUUCAAAGAAACCUUGCCCGUCUAAAGUCUAUCCUACUGGAACUUCUCGAAAGAGGCCUGAUUAUCAUUACUCCACAAAAGAAGCAAUUACUACGACGUUAUUUUCAACUUCAGAGCCAGAUGAUACACAACCUCGUUCAACAUAUCCCUAUCCUUCAGCUGUGUACCCAACUGGAACGCCGCCAACCAACGAUCCUGACCGUUAUCUUACUGAAAAUAUUAUAACUGCCUCUUCCCCUACAACUUACGAGCCAGAAUAUUCAAAAACUAAGGAAACCCUUCCUUAUCCUUCUGCUAUUUACCCAACGGGAACUCCUUCGAAGCAACCAAAUCCUAUUCAUCCACGAAGUCCUUCGGCUCCUAUUCCAUCUAAAGUUAGUGUUAAAUAUAUGAGCCCAAAGUAUCCAGCUCUUUCACAUCCGUAUCCCACUCAAACUGCGCCAUCAUAUUCCCCCGGUCUUCGCUAUUCUCAUCGUCCCUCUGCAUUGUCAGUAUCUUUUUCUCAUCCUUAUCCUACUAACAAAUUUAUAUCUCAAAAAACAACUCUACCCCCUUACCCUACUCGGACUACCCCUAAGAUUACUAAGCCCUGUCGGACUCAAAAAACUUCGAUCUCAUCUUCCUUAGUAUAUCCGACAGGAACAUUUACAAUACGUUCUACUUCUACUACACGAAGGCCAUAUACACGUCGUACUACUCCUACCUUAUAUCCUCCGACGCCAUCUUAUCAAAGUAGAAUACCGUAUAAUUAUACUACUCUUCCUUAUCCUACUGGAACUCCUUCAGAAAAACCAUUCUCUACUUAUCGAGUUCCUAGACCAAAGAGAACUACUACCAGAAGGACUACUACAAAACCCCACCCAACUCGUUCUACUUACGUGGUUUACCCAACCGGAGUUCAGUCUAAGACUAUACCUUCUACUACUAAAGUCUCUUAUGGUUCAAGACCUAAAACUACGCAUUCUAACUUUUUUCCUUCUGGCUCUAAGAAUGACAAAAACAAAAAAGUACUGAAAUUUUUACGUGAAUCCCUUAAAUAUAAUUCAAUAGUUCCAAAACAAUCAACAAACAAUUCAAAAAGUAUUAAAUUGAAGGACAUGCUUGCCAUGAGAUUACGAUCCUUGGCAAGCCAUAAAGCUUCCAUAACAUUUGUACCUUCUGUAACUACUAAAAGAUUUAGACCUGAUGGAGCUCCGAAACAAACAAAUCCUUUUGUUAACAUUCUUGGUAAAAGUAAGACGACUAAUGUUAUGGACUGGUUCAGUGUAGUUGUUAAAAAUAAAUUAAAAAAUAGUACAUCAGUAUUCUAUAUUGCUAGUUCAUCAAAGGCAACUCAGAAGUCAAUGCAGAAACCCUUUGAUUUCAAAGAUCUUACAUAA